AUGCCCGGGCCGCGUGAGGAAGGACGGUGGCGAUUGAUCAACCCACUGAACAUCCGUUUCUCACAGCCUCGGAUCGCUCCGCACUUUCGGGACGGGCACUUGAUCAAGGACUCUGCUUGCGAGGUCUUUGAAGCGCCAUUGCAGGAUCGACACUUUGCAGGCGCAGCCUCCGAGGAUGCGGCUGAUGGAGUCCCAGUCUACGAUGUGGUUUUGGUGCCACCCUUCCCUGCGAUUCGGGUGAUCUCUUGGCUGCCCAAGCUUCGGCGGCCAGAUGGGGAGGCCGAACGUGAUGCGAACGGGGAUCAACUCUUGGGCAUGCGGGCCUGGUUUGCUUUGGACAAUCGACGGCUCUACUCACUACAGUGUGCGGCUGCAAAAAGAUGGCCGCGACAGUGUUGUGUGGUAGUACGCUGCAUUGAGGAAGUUCCUGGUGGCGAAGGUUUGCGGGAACUAAGAAAGUUUCGGACCACAACAGAAGGAAGGUCCGUUGAAGUGGGUGCGCGGGCUGGCGAAACCCGAGCUUUCACUUGGUUGCAGGCUGCCCCUCCUGGUGCCAUUGCGCGCGGUAUGGAGGUGGAAGGCCUCUUUCCUGAGGACUUGUUUGAUGCCUGGCAGUGGGCUCCACAGGCAGUGGCAGCUGCUGCGCAUGCAGGUCAACAAGAAGAGGACAGGAUCAGACACAACCAGAGCUCGUGGGAGGAAAACGAGAAGAAUUUUGGCGGCAGUGAAGGCCAGAGCUCUUGUUUGUUCAGCGUGGGACAGAUUGCUCAAUCCGCGUUUAUUUGGUGUGACUGCGAGGUGGCCCCUUGCCAACCCGAGAAUCAGCUCAAUGCAAGCAUGGGCCUGAUGGUUGCUCGGUCUCCAAGCACCCUCAGGGCCCUUUUGGUGGUGUUGCAGCUCAGUGGCGCAGUUGAGAGCCAACAUCGACUUCAUUUGGAUAGCCAGGGCCGCCUUGCAGCUGUGUCAGCACAUGCCAGCUUCAACUGGAGGAGCCACCAGCCAUUAUUUCCUGUGAAAUAUGAAUUUGAUGUGUCUGACUUAAAAGAAGACGAGGGCUUGACGAUGGUCUUCGACAAGACGGUCCAGGCGCUGAUGGUAGAGGAGGGAAUGUCGCCACAGGCUGGAGUUGCUUGGGGGAAGUUCUCAGAUGACAUCCAGCGAACUGGUUGGUCGGAACUUCACGUUCAGACAUCCGACGAUCAGAACAUGGCAAACGACGUGAAGAUGUACGCUGCUGGUUACAUCGAAGGUUUGCUGACCUGCGUGAGAAUUUCUGAGUACUACUCCAACAGUCAAAAGCUUCUUCUAAUGAAGGACAAGACGGCCAAUGCAUUGCCAUCAAUUAGAAAGCUGUUCCAGAAUCAGCUAGCACACGCGCGCUCUAUGACGAACAUGGAGUAUCAUAUCUUUUCGGAAGAACCUGAAGAUCCUUAUUGGAAACAGGUUCGAUAUGCGUUCUUUCAGAUGUGGGGCGUGCUUGAUGGUUAUAAUGCAGCAUCUCUGCGCUUUGGUGGAGAGAUGUUGGAGUUGGACGACAUGCUCUUCAUGAAUGCUGGUGGAGAGCUUGCUCAACUUAUGCAGGCCUACUCUCCAGAGCGUCGAGAGCACCGGGCUGCUAGAUCUCAGGCACCUUCUUUCCUCCAACAGCGCAGCCGGCGCCAAGUGGAGGACCCACUAGAUGAUGCUCAUUGGGAGCGCCGACUCAUUGAGAGCGGACGGUGCUCUGCUUUGGUGCGCUUGGGGGAUGGAGAUACUGACAUUUUCAUGGGUCACACUACCUGGGACGAUUAUAGCAAGAUGACUCGAAUCUUCAAGUUCUACAACUUCUCCCUUCCUGCUGCAGAGACGGCUGCAACCCAGAUGUCAUUCUCCUCCUAUCCUGGAGCAAUCACCAGCACAGAUGAUUUCUAUAUGCUGAACAGUGGCAUUGUGACUAUGGAGACCUCCUUGGUGGUCCUGGAUGACAACGUUUGGGACAAGGUUCUGGACUUCCCUCGCUUUCGGAGCGUUCCGAAUUUCAUGCACCUCAUGGCAGUAAAUCGCCUGGCCAAGAGUGCUGCUGAUUGGGUGCGACUCUUGUCAAAGACAAAUACGGGAACUUUUGCUGCGCAAUGGAUGGUGUCUGAUUACAAUCUGUUCGAAAGUGGCAAGCCGGUGCCCGACAGCACCUUCUGGGUGGUGGAAAUGAUCCCUGGUGUCUCUGAGAUGCGGGACAUGAGCAGGUAUCUGCGUCAGAACAGGUAUUGGGCAUCCUUCAAUCGGCCCUUCUUCGGGAAGACCCGAGAGCUGCCAGGCUUUAGCAAUGCUGAGCGUACCCAUGGAGCGCUCUAUUCAUACCAGGGCAACCCUCGUGCUGUGGCCUUCCAAUUGGUUGCACCUACCAUCAAUGCCUUGCAAGAAAUGCGGAAUAUCAUGACGCAGAAUUCGUACCCAGCAGGAGGUACUCCGAGUGACCCAGGACAUCAGAUUUCUGCGCGAAUGGACCUUAGCCCCAUCCUGAAGUUCCCCAACGGCGGCAUUGACGCAAAGGUGGUGAACCGCUGCUUGCUGAAGAAGCUGCAGGCGCAGGUGAUCAGUAGCCCCAGCCAUCAGAGCCAGACGCCUUUUCAGUGGACUUCGGAGAAUGGUACAGAGCUUUGGCCAGAAUUUCCCCACACUGGACUUCCCAACCGUUGGAACUUCGACUUCGUGACUUUGACACGAUUUUCAGAUGCAACAGAAACUGGUAUGAACUUAUCCAGUGGUUCACUCAUUGAAAUCCUGGAAAGUUGUAUGCCUCAAAUAUGCGGAGAACCUUUCCUGUAGCUGCCUUGCACCCUCCUCCACUGCAGGUUCAGGUCACCGAGUUUGGCCAAUCACAGCUGAUGGAUGAAAGCGAUUGCUGAGAGGCUAAGUGGCUCGAUGUCAACCUCCAUUAACUUUUGGAGUGAUG